AGCGUCUGAAAUAUAUUGUGAAACUACCGGGAAAUCUCCGACAAGUCCAUGUCCAACAAGAUGGAAUUCAUAUUAUAACUGUAUUAUGGAUCUUUUAAAAGUUCAGGAAACUUUAAAUGAAACCUUAAAAAAACUAGGAUUGUCGGUUUUUAAAGAAAUUGAAUUGCAGUUUCUAAUUGAAUAUACCAACUGUACAAAACCCAUAGCAGAAGCUAUCAAAAGCUUAGAGGGAGAUAAAGAAACAUUUUAUGGAUGCCUGCUACCUGAGUUAAUAAGAAUACAAAAAAUCUUGCAUUCAUUACAAAUGGACAAUCCCAUAUACUGUGGAGUACUGAUAGAGACAAUAAAAAAAAGCUUAGAAAAGAGGUUUGGAAAAUUUCAUGAUUUGAAGGAUCCUAAAGCUAAAGAUGCAAUUUUGGCAUCGGUGUCAUAUCCUUUUUUUAAAUUAAAAUGGGUGCCAAAAGGAAAUAGAGAACAUAUAAAGGAAUUGUUCCUUGCAGAAGUGAGAAAACUUAAAAAUGAUCAUAAAGAUCUAAAUAAUACAUCCCAAUCAUCACACAAGAAAGAAAAAAAUGAAUCCUACUACAUGUUCUAUGAUGAUUCGGAUUCCUCACUAGCUAGUGAUAGUGCAAAUGCAAACACCACUAUUGACCUGGAAUCAUUGCAAUAUUUGAAGGAUAAUGAUGUCAGCCUGCAAUCAUUAAAUAAAUAUCCUACAGUAAAGAUGUUAUUCUUGAAAUAUAAUACCUGCUUGCCUAGUUCUGCGCCAGUAGAGAGGCUUUUUUCUUAUGGUGGCAUGAUUAUGAGACCACACAGGAGAAAGAUGAGCGACAGUGUAUUUGAGCAAAUUAUUUUAUUAAAAUCUGUUAAAUAAAUUUAAUUUAAGUAAGUUAUCAAAGUAAAUUUACCAGCCUGUUA